ACAAACUGCGGGAGAAGGGACCCAGGAGUUGGGCCCAGCUCUGCUCUGAGCGGCAGGAUGAUUCCAGUGGCUGAGUUCAAGCAGUUCUCAGAGCAGCAGCCAGCCUUCAAGUUGCUCAAACCCUGGUGGGAUGUACUGGCUGAAUAUCUCACAGUGGCUAUGCUUAUGAUUGGGGUCUUCGGCUGCACCCUCCAGGUGACACAGGACAAAAUCAUCUGUCUUCCCAGUCAUGAACCCCGGGAAAACUUAUCUGAGACCCCGUGUCAGCAACUGCUGCUGCAAGGAGUCCCCGAAAAGAUGGGGGAUUUCCAGGAAGUGAGCGGCCUCAAAAACAACCUAGACCUGCAGCAGUACAGCUUCAUUAACCAGCUCUGCUAUGAGAAGGCCCUCCACUGGUACCCUAAGUACUUCCCCUACCUGGUUGUCAUUCACACGCUCAUCUUCAUGGUCUGCACCAGCUUCUGGUUCAAGUUCCCCGGCACAAGCUCCAAGAUUGAACACUUCACCUCCAUCCUGGGCAAGUGUUUUGACUCACCAUGGACCACACGGGCCCUGUCUGAGGUCUCAGGGGAGAACCGUAAGGGCCAUGCCACUAGACAGGCAACAGCAACUAUGGCAGGUGAGGCAGGACCAGAAAAGGCUGGGGAGGGUGAGAAAGAGAAGGUGCUGACAGAGUCUGAGAAGGUGGUGACUGAGCCACCAGCUGUUACCCUUUUGGACAAGAAGGAGGGUGAACAGGCCAAAGCCCUGUUUGAGAAGGUCAAGAAGUUCCGUGUGCAUGUGGAAGAGGGGGACAUUUUAUACACCAUGUACAUCAGGCAGACGGUGCUCAAAGUCUGCAAGUUUUUUGCCAUCCUGGUCUACAACCUCAUCUAUGUGGAGAAGAUAAACUUUGUGGUGGCCUGCACAGUAGAAACUUCAAGAUUCACGGGCUAUGCCAGCUUCUGCUGCAACCACACCAAGGCCCACCUCUUCUCCAAGCUGGCUUUCUGCUAUAUCUCCUUCGUAUGUGUCUAUGGGAUCACCUGCCUCUAUACACUCUAUUGGCUCUUCCACCGGCCGCUCAAGGAGUACUCCUUUCGUUCCGUGCGGGAGGAGACUGGCAUGGGUGACAUUCCUGAUGUCAAGAAUGACUUUGCCUUCAUGCUGCACCUCAUCGACCAGUAUGACCCACUGUACUCCAAGCGCUUUGCUGUCUUCCUCUCUGAGGUCAGUGAAAGCCGCCUGAAGCAGCUCAACCUCAACCACGACUGGACACCUGAGAAACUUCGGCAGAAGCUGCAGCGCAACACCAAGGGCCGGCUAGAGCUGGCACUCUGCAUGCUCCCAGGACUGCCUGACACUGUCUUUGAGCUCCGUGAGGUGGAGGCACUCCGGCUGGAGGCCAUCUGUGAUAUCACCUUCCCCCCAGGCCUGUCACAGCUGGUGCACCUGCAGGAACUCAGCCUGCUCCACUCUCCUGCCAGGCUGCCCUUCUCCUUGCAGAUCUUUCUGCGGGACCGCCUGAAGGUCAUCUGUGUCAAGUGUGAGGAGCUCCGUGAGGUGCCCCUCUGGGUGUUCGGUCUGCGAGGCCUGGAGGAGCUGCACCUUGAGGGGCUCUUUCCCCCAGAGCUGGCUCAGGCAGCCACCCUUGAAAGCCUCCGGGAACUGAAGCAGCUCAAGGUGCUGUCUCUUCGGAGCAAUGCAGGCAAGGUCCCAGCCAGCGUGACCGAUGUGGCUGGCCACCUGCAGCAGCUUAGCCUGCACAACAAUGGGGCCCGCCUGCUGGCCCUUAAUAGCCUAAAGAAGCUAGUGGUGCUACGAGAGCUGGAGCUGGUGGCAUGUGGGCUGGAGCGCAUCCCCCAUGCUGUCUUUAGCCUGGGCGCACUGCAGGAACUUGACCUCAAGGACAACCACCUGCGGUCCAUUGAGGAGAUCCUCAGCUUCCAGCACUGUCGCAAGCUGGUCACGCUCAGACUAUGGCACAACCAGAUCGCCUAUGUCCCUGAACAUGUGCGAAAGCUGCGGGUCCUUGAGCAGCUCUACCUCAGCCACAAUAAGCUGGAGGCCCUGCCCACCCAGCUGGGCAUGUGUUCUGGCCUCCGCCUGCUGGAUGUCACCCACAACGGGCUGCACUCCUUGCCACCUGAGCUCGGUCUCCUCCAGAACCUGCAGCACCUGGCUCUCUCCUACAAUGCCUUGGAGGCCCUGCCCGAUGAGCUCUUCUUCUGCUGUAAGCUUCGGACAUUGCUCCUGGGCUACAACCAACUGAGUCAGCUGUCUCCCCAGGUGGGGGCCCUCAGGGCCCUCAACCGCCUGGAGCUCAAGGGCAACAGAUUGGAGGCACUGCCCGAAGAACUGGGCAACUGUAGAGAGCUCAAGAAGACAGGGCUUCUGGUGGAGGACACCCUCUAUGAGGGCCUGCCGGCAGAAGUUCGAGAGAAGAUGGAGGAGGAGUGAAAUCAGGGAAGGGCAGGUUGAAGUGCAGACUUUCUGGAUGCUUCUGUCCCAAAAUCUCUACCAUUGUCUUCAAGGGAGUUAGCCAGGUAGGCCCAGGCCAGGA